UCAUGGCUGGACUGGUAUCCGGUCAGUCCGGCGAAAGAUUUGAAAAAAGAUCAACCGAAUCAAGUUGUUCUUCUUGGUCUGGACCUCGUAGUCUGGUGGCAUCAGCCGAGCGGGACUUGGAGCUGUUUUGCCGACGAAUGUCCACACCGACUUGCUCCCCUUUCUGAAGGAAGGAUAGACAAGAACGGGAAUCUGCAAUGUGCCUAUCAUGGUUGGGAGUUCAGCGAGAAAGGAAGCUGCGAAAGAAUUCCGCAAGAUUCCAUGGAUACCAUGAAAUGUGACAAGAAGGCAUGUGCAACAUCAUACCCAGGAUUACUUUGGAUUUUCCCCGACACAGACAGAAAUCUUGCCAUGUCAAAAUCACCAAAAAUCAUUCCACAGUUUGACGACCCUGCCUUCGUGGAUCCCACCAACUUCUUCAUGCGUGAUGUGCCUUAUGGAUGGGAUACCCUUAUUGAGAACCUUGUCGAUCCCAGCCAUGUUCCAUUCGCGCAUCACGGGUUGAUCGAAGCCCGAGAUCAAGGCAGGCCUAUCAACUUGUAUGUUGAGAGUCACGAAGCAGGCUUCGAAGGCUAUGACAUGGAUCAAAACUCAACUUCGAGAAGGUGUGGGAUCGUGUCGUCGAAGUUUCGUCCUCCCUGCUUGAUUUCUGAUCCGGAAAAGAACUCAACAUUCCUCGGACUUGGAACUUAUUGCAUCCCGACCGCUCCCGGCCACAGCCGACUCAUUACGAGAUUCCCAUUUCGCUUCCCAAACCAGAUAGUUGCAAACAUAGUGAGAAUGCAACCGCGAUGGAUGACUCACUUGUCUCAAAAUCAAGUGAUCGAUUCUGACAAUGUCUUUCUCUCUCUACUGGAAUCAAAGGUUUUGCUACCUCGGUCCUCCCUUCCACUUCUCCUGCUGAUUCACAUCGCAGCUACAUACUACGUCCCAGCAGCGGCUGAUAGACCAGUGCUGGCGUUCCGGCAAUGGCUUCAAAAGCAGGGAGGGCAGCCUGCAUGGUUGGGGACCCCCAGCAUGCUGCCGAAGAAGGGAUCUCGUCGUGAGCUGCUGGACAGGUACGAACAACAUACGAAGAUAUGCAGCUCAUGCUCUAGA